CACAUAUCUUCCCCACUACACUCCACAUCAACAUACACUAUCUUAUCUCAUGGCUCCCUCUUUGAAACACUUUCCUUUCCUCCUCCUUCUUAUCCUCUUCUCCAGCUCUCUGCAGAUUCAUGCCAGGGAUAGCCAGUUCUUCAGCAAGGUCACCAAUCCCAACAACAACAACAACAAUGUUAAGGAGGAGUCGCAGCUUCCCAACAAAGAAGAACUCGAGAGCAAGCAGCUGAAAGAGCAAGAGCAAGAGCCCACCUUCGUCCCGGAUACUCAAGAGGGCUAUGGCCUAUAUGGUCACGGCUCAGGCCAGCUCCCUCCCAGCACCACAGGCAACAACAUUCCGUACGCUGAGUAUUCCAACAACAAUAACAACAACUACUACUACAACAAGAACUCCUACAACGCCAAGCAACAAGGGUUGAAGGACACAGUGCUCUAUGACACAGGCUAUACCACCAUGUCCAACCGAAACAACUACUACAAUGGUGAUAACGUGUAUAGCAGCAGCAGCAGCAACAACAACAACAACAACAACAACAACAACAACAAUGGAUACAACACUAAGCAGCAAGGCAUGAGCGACACGAGAUUUCUGGAGAAUGGAAGGUACUAUUAUGAUCUCAAUAGCGAGAAAAAUUAUCGUAAUGAGUACGAGAACUCCAGGACAGAAUACUCAAGGAAUGAGUACAACAAUAGGGGUUAUUAUGGCAAUAAUAAUAACAAUGAGAACUCCUAUGAGUUCGACAACUCCAUGGAAGGGUACCAGAACCAGGAGCAGUACCAAGAAAGCCAAGAUGAGUUCGUGCCAUGAAGCCAAGAUGAGUUCGUGCCAUGAAGCCAAGGGAAGAAGAUGAUGAAAUCUGUUUCCAUUAUCAUACGUGGUGUUCCAUAUUUAGUUAUGGUUUAAUUUAGUAAUAAUAAUUAAAUUAUAGCUUAAUCUGCGAGUGGGUGGAGCCUAGAAUCUAUUUUGUAAUCUUGUUUCUUGGUUUGCCUAGUUUUGAUCAUGCUUGGAAAUGGACAAGCUAUGAUAGUUUCAUUGUUAUUUGGUGAUUAAAAAUUCAAUAAGAUGUAUAUUAUAUCA